AUGUAUACUGACGAGCUUCACCCUAUGCUUGCGCGCAUCCGCAUUGCUGCCCUCCAGUCUGAGGUCCGAUCCAAGAGCACCAGCCCCUCAAACGUCGUUGUCCGCUCUAGACGAAACACCGUCACUCAGGUCAUCACGCCCGAUGGCACACCCAGCUUGGCUGUCCGCCGUGUCGUCUCUGCCCGCCGCAACUAG